GAAAGGGAAAUGAAAUUGUCGGUUUCUUUAUAAGUACAGGAAACACAAACCAUUCAUCCCCAAUUUCGAUAACUCCAACUGUUUCUCUUUUCUCAAAUCAAAUCAAAAACCUUCAAAAACAUGGGAGCACUUUCUCGAUUCAUAGCUCAUGUCUACACCCUUUUCUUAGUAUUCUUCACUGUCCUCUUCCUGGAGCUCGUAAUCUUGGUUCGCUCAGUCGCCGGAAGUAUUGGUUACACGACGGCAGCCGACGACCACCCAAUGACCACCGCCCAGUACCUCAAAUUGAUUGACGAAAAAAACCCAGCGAGUCGGUACAAAACCGCCGGAUUAGAACGUAAAGAGUGUUCGGUUUGCCUUUCUGUAUUCGACGACGGCGAUGAAAUCAGGAGAUUGAAAUGCAAGCACACGUUUCACAAGGGUUGCGUUGAUAAGUGGCUGGAGCAAGAUAGAGCCACAUGUCCGAUUUGCCGGAGUUUGGUGUUGCCGGAGGCGAUCGUGGUUAAAUACAGUCAACGACAUCAGAUUCCUCUGCAUCGCCGCCGCAGGGAGUUUUACGGUGGUAGCGAUGAGGAGCUCAUACUCUUGUUGACUUCUUUACAUGGUAAUUAUAUGCGUAGAUUCAUGUAAUUAGUUUGUAUUUCUAACUUUAGUGAUUAUAAAAUUAAUUAGGAAAUCCUUUUUAAAGGGUUUCAUUCCGUGAAA